AUGUCUCCCCCCCCCCUUACAGUGCCGCCCUCUGGCGUGAGUGUGGUUGUUAACGAGGCCGUCAAUGUGGUGUUUAACGAGGCCGGCUUCGAGUCCUCCCCUACUAACGAUCCAUCCGGCAGACUUGUGGGUCCCUUCAAGGAGGGAGAGACGAUUGUGCUCACCUGCAUCGCCCAUGGAGGUUCACCCGUUCCAUCAGUGGUCUGGUAUGAAGGUGGGCGGAUUCUUGACGCUCAAAUGGAUUCCAAAUCUCUUGGAAUCUCCAGCGAUUCUUCCAAGGGGAUUCGAGGAGGGCGGCACAUGGGAUCUGAUCCCGCCACGGCGCUGCUGCCAACCUUCAGGGGAAAGAUUUUGCGGUCAUUUUCACUGCCAAAUGUAAGAGGAGAGGCCUUUAGUGCUAUGGGUUUGCUGUCAGAUGUAAGAAAGGUUGACAGGAAGGUUAAUCUUCCACGUACUGUAAAGCUAGCGGGCACAAGAAAGUCUCACAGUAAGAUUUCGCGAGAAAGACUGGCCAAAUUGUCAGGUUCAGUGGUGUUUCCUACGGCAUCUACAGGGAUCGUCUACAAUACCUUGACUCUGGGACCUCUCAAUCGCAGUCAACUCUUGAUGGAGCUAACCUGUCAAGCUUCUAAUAACAACGUCACUCUGCCAGUUAAAGCAACAAUCACUCUAGACUUGAACU